CCCAAUCGAACAGUCGACACAUCAUCGCCUGCUUCCGAAAUCUGAAUAUUUAUUCGAUUUUUGUUGCUAUAUUGUAUAAACUGUCACCCGUCGCGUUUUCAGAAACCAUAAUAUCCAACCAUGAUGUGGAACGUCUUGUGUUUGAUGACCGUCGCGGCGCUGGUCGGACCCUCUUGCCAGAGGGCACCGGUACUCAUCACGGUCAACCACUCUGAGGGCAAGCCCGGCGAUCUCAGUCAAUCAGCUUUUGCGGAUUACGUCAACUGGUGGCAAAACAUUAUCGGCAUCAUCAACCAAACCGAAGAACCCGUCGCCGAGACACCCAUAACGCCGAUCAACCAGUCCACGUGCGCCCCAUGCACUUGCGGAGCUUUGGGCAAGAAGAACAGAAUUGUCGGAGGAACCCCCACGUACGUACACCAAUACCCGUGGAUGGCCAUGCUCACGUACAAGGGCAAAUUCUAUUGCGGCGGGACGGUCAUCAAUCACAAAUACGUCAUGACGGCCGCACAUUGCGUGCACGGAUUUGACGCGAAAAAUAUCGGCGUGCGACUUUUGGAACACGAUCGCAGCAAUAUGGAGGAMGCGAAACACAUCGACUUCAAAGUGUUGAGGGUGGUCAAGCAUAAGGGGUAUAGCCCGACAUCUUACAAUAACGACAUCGCACUGUUGCGUAUGGACACCGAUGGGGUGGAAUUCGGACCCAACACUGGUAUCCAUCCGGUUUGUCUGCCGACCGAAGGCAAGAGUUUCGCUGGUUACGAGGGCGUCAUMACCGGUUGGGGAGCAAAGAAACAGGGAGGUUCAUCGUCGCAGGUAUUGCACGAGGUGUACGUGCCGAUCAUGAGCAACGACGAUUGUAAGAAAACGGAAUACAACGAAAAACGGAUUACGGCCAACAUGAUGUGCGCCGGAUAUCCGGAUGGCAAAAAGGACUCGUGCCAAGUAAUAAUUUCCCCAACAAUUGUUUUUAAAAUCGGUGUGGUAUCUUGGGGAGAAGGAUGCGCUCAGGCCAACCGACCAGGAGUGUACUCUCGAGUGAACAGAUACCUGAACUGGGUGGCUAACCACACGUUGGACGCCUGUCCGUGUUCAAACGUUUACGUMCCGUCAGAAUAAUUCAUCUCUAGCAGCUGCAGGUGCAGUAUUACCAUUGUGCUGACGUCACUCAGCCUCCAUACAUGCAGUACGUCACACAUCACAAUAAACUUUUAUUUGGAUCUCACAUUAUCGCGACUCGUUAUGUAAUCGACAUCAUAAUAUCAUUAUUAUUAUUAUAUAUUAUUUAUUAUUAUUUAUUAUUGUAUUUAUUGAUUAUAUAAUUUAU